AUGAUGCCUGUCCUUGAUUUCCCAUCCUGCCCACGUCUGCCCUCCCUCCUGCUGGCUCUGCUGCUGAAACUCACAGGAACUUCAAUUGAAGAUUUCCAGGUGAACCAGCCUGAGAGUUCAGUGUCAGCCAAGGUUGGAGAUGUCAUAACCUUGGGCUGCAACAUUCCUGCACCAUCUCCAGCAGGGCCUGUCUUGUGGUUCAAGGACGCUAGGCUAGGACGAAAAUUAAUCUACAGUUUCAACGGACGCCAAUUCCCCCGAGUAUCCCAAGUGGUAAAUCCAAUGGCCAACCAAACAGACUAUUCCAUCCGCAUCAGUGAUGUGUCGCCUAAGGAUGCUGGCAUGUACUACUGUGUGAAGUUAACAAUAGGGCAUCCUGACAUGGCAUAUAUAGCUGGCCCAGGCACCUAUGUGUCUGUGAAUGGAGUCACACAUGAGAUGUUCAAGGUGCAGCAAGCUGAGCUAUCACAGACUGUGUCACCUGGGGAAACACUCACUUUGAGUUGCAGCGUACCAGAUUCAUUUCCAAAUGGACCCGUCUUAUGGUUCAAGGGGACUGGACCAAAUCGUGAAUUAAUUUACAAUUUUCAAAGGGGUUUCUUUCCCAGAGUAAACCAAAUUGGAAACAUGGCCAAAGCUGGCAACAAAGACUUUUCCAUUCGCAUCAGUGAAAUCUCUCUUAAAGAUGCCGGCACGUACUUCUGUGUGAAGUUCAAAGAGGGCAAACCUGAUAUAGAGUACCAGUCAGGUCGGGGCACCAAGGUGACUGUUACUGGAACAAGAAAUAAUUUUGUCCCGGAUACUCCAGGCAGACAUUUUUUGGCCAUGAGGGGAACCAACUUGAAUAAAAAUCUACUCUAG